AUGAAGCGGGGGAGAGGUGCGCACACACACAACUCCCUGUCCGGGUUCAGGGCUCCGCAGACUGAGCCUGUGGUGCCGUACGGUCUUCUGAAGAGCGCCAGGAAGAGCGGACAACUCAACCUGAGCUCCCGCGGCCUGACCGAGGUCCCACAGAGCGUGUACCGGCUGAACGUGGAUCCCCCAGAGGAAGCCAAAGAUAAUGUCUUGUUCGGAGCUUCAGACACUUGGUGGGAGCAGACUGAACUCACCAAGCUGCUGCUGUCCUCCAACCAGCUGUCAGAGCUGUCCGAGGACCUGCAGCUGCUGCCGGCCCUCACCACGCUGGACCUUCAUGACAACAAGCUGCAGAGUUUACCCCGAGCAGUGGGGGCGCUGCAGGAGCUCCGGCAGCUCCGCCUCAGUCAUAACGCGCUGCAGUCAGUCCCAGAGCAGCUCUUCUCUCUGGCCUCUCUCGUCAGUCUGUCGCUGCAGAACAACGUCCUGGAGGCUCUUCCUGCAGCUCUGGGACAACUGCAGAGUCUGACGGAACUGGACGUGUCCAGGAACCGUCUGCAGGAGUUGCCCUCUUCCCUCGGGGAUCUGAAGCAUCUGCAGAAGCUGAACGUGGAGCAGAACCAGCUGAGGUCUCUGCCCGACGGCCUGGGGCUGCUCAGCGGCCUGCGGCUGCUGGAGGCCAGUGAUAACCAGCUCUGCUCUCUGCCUCCCACCAUGGCUCAGCUCUCCUCUCUGCAGCAGCUGUUCCUCCGAAAGAACCAGCUGCGGCUGCUGCCCGCUCUGCCGGGGGUCUCUCUGAAGGAGUUGUACCUGUCUGAUAACCAUCUGUCAGAGCUGAGCCCAGAGCUGAUGUCCAGUCUGUCUCUGCUCUCGGUCCUGGAGCUGCGAGGAAACAAGAUCAGAGUCCUCCCAGAGCAGGGCCUCCCACACACACUCACCCGCCUGGACCUGUCCAACAACGACAUCUCUGUACUGCCUCCCUCCCUCGGCCUCCUCCCAGGCCUCAGUGUGCUCCUGCUCGAGGGAAACCCACUGCGAGGCAUACGGCGAGACAUGCUCACGAAGGGAACCAUGGAGCUGCUGAAAUAUCUCAGAGGAAGAAUCCAAGAGGAACCAGCAGAAGCCACAGCGCCCCCUGGUGGCCUGACUCUGCCCAGCCACAACACAGUCAACAUCCACAACAUUACCACUCUCAAGCUGCUGGACUACAGUAACAAACAGGCCGAGGCGGUCCCAGACGAGCUGUUCCAGGCCGCAGCGAGCCACGCCAUCUCCUCCGUCAACUUCAGUAAGAACCAGCUCAGCUCCAUCCCCUCCAGGCUGCUGGAGCUGGCCCCUUCUCUGUGUGACGUGAACUUGGGCUUUAACAAACUGAUGUCCUGUGGUCCGGAGCUCUGUGCUCUGAUCAAGCUACAGCACCUGGAUCUCAGGAAUAACCUCCUGUGUGACUUACCUGCAGAGCUCCGCAGUCUGAGCAGCCUGCGCAGCAUCACACUAAGCUUCAACAGGUUCCGGCGUGUCCCGGAGGUUCUGUACGAGCUCCACAGUCUGGAGACUCUGCUCCUGGGGAACAACCAGGUGAGCAGCGUGGAGCCCGCCCUCCUCCAGCGCCUCCCCGUCCUCUCCACCCUCGACCUGGCCAACAACGACCUGCUGCAGGUGCCUCCAGAGCUGGGCCUGUGCUCCUCUCUGAGGUGCCUGACUCUGGAGGGGAAUCCGUUCCGAACGCCUCGAGCAGCGAUCUUGGCCAAAGGCACAGAGUCGGUGCUGGAAUACCUCCGCGACCGCAUCCCCCCCAGCUGA